GCAUGGCUGUGAGAGCCUGUGGCUUGAUCAUCUACAGGAGGCUGCAGUCAGCUUCAUCUCCUAAGGUCACGGACAGCAUUGAAUACCUCCUGCUUCAGACAUCCUAUGGGACCCACCACUGGACCCCACCCAAAGGCCACGUGGACCCAGGAGAGGACGACCUCCAGACAGCCUUCCGGGAAACGCAGGAGGAGGCUGGUCUUGAGGCCAGUCAGCUCACCCUCAUAGAGGGGUACAAGAAAGAACUGCACUAUCCUGUCCAUGGCAAACCUAAGACCGUCAUUUACUGGCUGGCAGAAAUGAAGGACUGCAACACAGAAAUCAAGCUGUCUGAUGAACACCAAGCUUUCCAGUGGCUGAAGCUGGAGGACGCUUGCAAAUUUGCAGAAUAUGAGGACAUGCAAGCAAUGCUCAAAGAAGUGCAUCAGUUUCUCUGCUCCAAAGAAUAA